UGACAGAAUCGCCAAUGACAGGAUAUUGACAUGUGUCAGGUGACAUUCGUUUCGAACUGUUUCGAACAUAGUUUAUAAAAUUUUAUCAAUCAGAAAAUAUGAUUUAAUAAUAUUUCUUACUUUCUUACAUCUUCAUCACGACUAUCAAUCUUCAAAUUAAUGAUUAUUUUAAACUUCCGACGGAAAAAGACGGGUUUUAUCAUUUAAAUUUGGAUUCAGGAUACUCACUCAACGACUAAACGACGGCGAUAAAUACUUUCAAAACAGUUUGACAGUUGACACAGAUUGUCAUUGUCAGUUGUUUUUUGACAAACAAAACAACAAUUUCGGGCAAAAGUCGAGCCACUGAAAUGGAUAUUAUUUCUAUUUUAUCUCUGUAAAAGUGCAGUUGUGGUCGUAACCGGUGCAAUUUAAUUAAGUAUUGCUUGGGCGGUUGUCUUUCCGGUAUGCUUAUUGCUAUGAAAAAUAUGAUGUUAAGUAUUUUGUAUAUCCAAGUGUAAAUUGAACAUACACAGUAAAUAAACGAUGAUUCCUUCGAAUACAAUUUGUGUGUCUCAAGAAGGACCAGCCAAUGCUCUUGCACUCAACAAGGACUGCUCGCAAGUGGUCAUCGCUGGGCGAAAUGUGUUCAAAGUGUUCUCUAUUGGAGAGAAUGAGUUUACAGAAGUUUGUAAUCUACGAGUUGGGAAAAACUUAAAUCUAAAUUUUUCCUCCAUUGAUGUUGCCUGGAGCCACAUUGAAGAGAACACAAUAGCGACUGCGGCCACCAACGGUGCGGUGGUGGUGUGGAACCUCGGCCGCUCCGGGCGCUCCAAGCAGGAACAUGUGUUCUCAGACCACAAGAGAACUGUCAACAAGGUGAGUUUCCACCUGACGGAGCCGGCGCUGCUGAUCUCCGGCUCUCAGGAUGGCACCAUGAAAUGCUUUGAUCUUCGAAUGAAGGAAGUGGCCAGGACUUUCAUGAGCAACACCGAGUCGGUCCGCGACGUGCAGUUCUCCCCGCACCAGGCGCACCAGUUCGCGGCGGUCUCGGAGAACGGCUCCGUGCAGCUGUGGGACGUGCGGCGCCCGGAGCGAGCGCAGGCGCAGUUCACCGCGCACUCGGGGCCCGUGUUCGCCUGCGACUGGCAUCCGGAGCUGCCGUGGCUGGCGACGGCUAGCCGGGAUAAGACUAUUAAGGUGUGGGACAUCUCGGCCAAGCCGACUCUGGAGCACACGAUCUACACCAUCGCCUCCGUGGGACACGUCAAGUGGCGCCCGCAGCGGAAAUACCAGAUCUCCUCCUGCGCGCUGGUGCUGGACUGCGCGGUGCACGUGUGGGACGUGCGGCGCCCGCACGUGCCGCUGGCGACCUUCGCCGAGCACCGCGACGUCACCACCGCCAUCGCCUGGCGCGCCUCGCCGCACGCCUUCCUGUCCACCAGCCGCGACUGCUCCCUCUACUGGCACCGGUGGCAAGAAGCCGCUCACCCGGUCCUGUGGGGCACGGGGGCGGGGGCCAGCGUGUCCGCGCGCGGGCAGGUCACGGUUGCCGCCCCCGCGCGCCCCAUCCCGCGCCCCGCGCCCCGCCCGCGCGCCCCGACCUCGCGCGCGCCGCCGCAACAUCGCAAGCAGCCUAUAGCCGGCGCGCUGUCGGCGGCGGCGCAGGCGCAGCUGGAGCGGCUGUUCCCGGCGGCGGCGCGGUCGGAGCUGGCGCGCUGGCAGCUGCCGCCAGAUCCCACUGUGUACUGCGCUAAGAAUUAUAGACUCCGCGGCGCGGCCACGCACGAGCUGGCGGAGCACAACGCGCGAGUUGCGAGGCACUGCGAGAGACAUCUGACAGCGCACCUAUGGGACGUGAUCGCCGUUCUAUACUCGAGCGGGGGCGGCGUGGCGCGGGGGGCGGGGGCGGAGGGCGCGGGGGGCGCGGGGCGCGGGGAGCCGCCGCCGGCGCCGCAAGCCGAGCCUGAUCCUAAGCCGGUGCCUAAUAGUGCAGUAGAAGAAGAGCCAACAAUGCAAGAGCUAGAAGAAUGGGCGGAGACGCAGUUCCACAACAGCGGCGUGCUGGGGCUGCCCACGCACAGCAUCUACAUCCCCCCCGCCAGGAGGGGGCGGAGGGGGGAUGACGACCCGAAUGGCUGGGUGUCGGCGGCCUCCGCCCACUACGUGGACGUGGACGCCGCUGAUUGGACGCUGCCCGAGGAGGCGUUCCCCCUGCGUGCCCCGCCCCCCGCCGCCGCACUUUCCACGCAGUGUAGCAAUGAGGAUGAUACACAACAAGGCACGAGCAGCAGCAGCGGCACGGCGGCGUCGCCGGGCGCCACCAGCGCGGACUCCGCCGCCAGCGCGCCGCACUACCACCACCACCACCUGGAAGAGAACCUGGUCCACUCGCUGGCCGUGGGCGGGGUGCGCGCGCGGGCGGCGCCCGACCUGCGCCCGCUGCUGGCGGCGGCGCUGAAGCAGCACGCGGCGCUCGGGGAUGUGGGGACCGCGGCCUCGGCGAUGCUGGUGUUGCAGCAGCACAGAUCGGACUUGUUUCCGUACAUCGACGAGCCCACUCAAGAACAAUGGCUGCUCGGCUACAUCGAGCUGCUGCACCGACACAAACUCUACAACGUCUCCACUGAGGUGAUCCUAGGCGCAUGGCUGGGCUCAGUGCGAGCUCUCUCUCAACAGUCGACGUCUGUGUCCGUGGUGUGCGCGCGCUGCGGCCGCCGCGCGCCCUGCGACCGCUGUAAACAGCCCGAGCUGUGCGCCGUGUGUGUCCGGGUGGUGCGCGGGCUCUACGCGUGGUGCCAGGGCUGCUCGCACGGCGGCCACCUACAUCACAUGCAGCAGUGGAUGGAGAAGCACACGCUGUGCCCCGCUGGUUGUGGACACCGCUGCCAGCUACCGUGAGGACAGUGGGGGAGUAGGUAGAGCUGCC